GCUCCAUCAUCUCCUUGUGCGAGUUCCAGCGACGUUGGGCGCGUACGAACGAUACGUACAUGUAUAUAACUCUAUGGGGGCGCGAUCAGUAUUUUCUUACAGUGUGAAUCCAAAAUGUCAGACAUCGAUAAAUGGAUAGAGAUCGCGAAAGAGUGCAAAUACCUGCCCGAGUAUGACCUCAAGAAACUCUGUGACAUGGUAUGCGACCUGUUGCUGGAGGAGUCCAACAUCCAGCCUGUGUCCACCCCGGUGACAGUAUGCGGAGACAUCCACGGUCAGUUUUACGAUUUAGAGGAACUGUUUCGCAACGGAGGCCCUGUACCAGAUACGAAUUACAUAUUUCUGGGAGACUUUGUCGAUCGGGGCUACUACAGUUUAGAAACGUUUACUCGGCUGCUUACACUCAAAGCUAAAUGGUCCGAUAGGAUAACAUUACUUCGUGGUAAUCACGAAUCUAGACAAAUCACGCACGUUUAUGGAUUUUAUGAUGAAUGCCAAAACAAGUAUGGUAAUGCUAAUGCAUGGAAGUACUGUUGUAGGGUAUUUGAUUUGCUCACAGUUGCUGCCUUAAUUGAUGAACAGGUUCUUUGUGUACAUGGUGGAUUAUCUCCCCAGAUUAGAACACUAGAUCAAAUUAGAACGAUUGAAAGGAAUCAAGAGAUUCCACACAAAGGUGCUUUCUGUGAUUUGGUCUGGUCCGAUCCAGAGGAUGUAGAAACAUGGACAGUAAGCCCGCGUGGUGCAGGUUGGUUGUUUGGCAGUAAAGUAACUUACAUGUUCAUGGAAGUAAACGAUCUUAAACUCAUCUGUAGGGCACAUCAACUAGUUCAAGAAGGUUAUAGGUACAUGUUUAAUGACAAACUUGUCACAGUGUGGUCAGCUCCAAAUUAUUGUUACCGAUGUGGUAACGUAGCUAGUAUCAUGCAGUUUACAACAGUGGAUCAGAGAACACCCGUGCUGUUCCAGGCAGUGCCUGAUUCCGAGAGAGUAAUCCCACCUCUAACGCCCACACCAUACUUUUUGUGAUCUAACUUAGUGGCUCAUUUGUACGGACGCAGGAGAGAAGUGUCUGUGUCUAGACUUUACGGAAUCACAUGACUAGAUUGAUCGGACCCAGGCUGGUACUAUGACGGAAUGAUAAAAUAUAUCACAGGCUGGUAAUAUUCUAGAAUUUUGAUUUCCUUAAAAAGAAUAAAAUGAACAAAAAAUUGUUUGAUGCAUUCUAUGAUCGAAAUGCGAUACUUCGAGGACUGAAUUGUCGUGUGAUUGCUCUUGUUCAGGGAAUGUCCUUUAGAUUUUUUAAGAACUUUAUCAGGUUUUACAUGUUAUAAAGCUAACUUUUAUAUAUAUAAAUAGUAUCUGCCAUUGCAUCAGCCUGAUUUUUGUAGUUCGAGAAAAAAGAAACAAUAUUUUGCACCAGAGUAAAUGUGAACAUUCUGUGGUCUAGACGCUUUUGCUGUCUACUGUGUACAUCCUAUAGAGCAUUCAUAUCUCAGAGCAGCAUCCUGGACUUUAAUGUUCAAAAGACUAAGAGCUUUUAAAUAAUUUAUGAACGCGAAAAACACAAAUAGUCCAGUGCUGUGUGCAAACGAUUAAAUAAAAAAAGAAAAAAAAAUUGAAAUGUACCACAUUCAAAAACAUUCCGGCAAAGUACACUCUCUGAGUACAGUGAAUGCUUCUUUGAUUGCAAUCGUUGUGCGUAGAAUUCAGGUUUAUUAAAGCGUGAGCAUAUAUAGUACUGUUAAGGUCUUCCUGAACAUGUAAAUGAUCUGUUUCUGGUUUAGGUACUGUGUGUGCUGCGUGCAGUUCUUUUUUUCUUCUAGACGCGCAAUCAGUGUUCUUAGUAGCAGAAUCGUAAAUUCGGCUCUUGCGCCGAGGUACAAAUAGCGUAUAGUAGUAGAGCCAAAGUUUCCUGCCUAGAUAAGGAAAUCCGGAUCGUUAAUCCAUCUGUAGAAGUUUUUCUUAUUAUUUUUAUGCACAUGACACAUUUUUUAUGCUUAAUUUUAAGUAAUUCUGAGCUCAAUAUUACUUGUAAAGCAUUUCAAGAUACAUAUUGAUAUUUUUUUUUCUUCAAAAGAAAAAAAAAAUCCACAGUUUGUUC